AUGGAAGCAAGUCAUCGUUCGUUAUCCUCUACUAUCGAUGAUGAUGCUUCGAUGAUUAAGGAGAAGGAGCUUAGUCUGAUGAGGAAUCAAUCAAACGUGGAGCUACUCACUACUCCACAACGAGAUCAAUUCGAUGCAUUCGUGUCUAAAUGUACCGGACCGUGGAGGGAUGACUUAGUCCAUUACCCGGCUACCGAGGAGGAUAUUGACAGGCAUCCCGAUGUCUAUAACUUCGAGCAUGCUGGUUAUGAGUGUCGAUUACGGCGAACACCCUACUAUGCAUGGCAAGGCUUCCUCUAUCUAGAUCCUGCUCAUCCAUUAUACGGUGCUAAACUUCUCGAUCUACUCGCUCGUAAACCUCCAUUUGAAGUCCACGGGGGCAUUACAGGCUUCAAUGAUGGUUGUGUGGUAUUCGACUGUAACCAUGCCAUGCUUGAUUUAACUCCAUUCGAGCCUUUCACCAAGACGAAUGAGAUGCAGAAGAUAAUCGGAAACUUUGCUAGUACUAGAAAGCGACAAACUGGGGAUGGUGGUGAAGAGGAGACCGAGGAGGAAGUAGAUCCCGCUAGCCUUACGCCUCCACCGUUUUUCAGUCAGACCAUCCCAGGCAUGAGCUCAGAGGGAGGUGGUAGGCCUAGGAGGUCUUACAAAGCUUACUCUUUUGCACGGCGGAAUCUGUGUAGCUUGGCAGAACAGUUCCGAGCGAUUGCUGACGAGGAUAAUGAUGAUAGCUGA